ACCCUAGCGAGUUUACUCCUGGCGUUAGAAAAUUACUUGAUAAUUCCGACAUUGUUAAGCAAGCUCACGGAUUAAAAGUUUUUUAUCAAAAUAAGGAGCCUUAUUAUGUUCGAGCCAAUGGAAUUGAAGAUUACACCACUGCUGAACAGACUGGAAUUGGACAAGCUUCUAACAUUAUUGCUGGCAAACAAAAAGCGGAAAGUGAAGUUCCUUCGGGCUUUGAAAUGGAUGAAGAUGGCAGCAGUAUCGUUAAUUGUAAAAAUUGUGGAAGCAUAAAUAUUGCCAAAAAAAGAAAAAAUGGAGACGCUUAUUGUCAAAAUU